GAUGAGUGAUGUCCGACUGUCUGCAGCUCCUCCGUCUCUCUGUGAGKUCACAGCUUCACCCACAGGAUGUGGUUUCCAUAGCAACGAACCUCCAGCUUUCAUCCUGCCGCCUCGAAACGUCAGGGUCAGCCUGGGGGGAGACGCCCGACUGGAGGGGAAGGUCAGAGGUCAACCGGAGCCGCAGGUCACAUGGUACAGAGAYGGGAAGGCUGUGAUUGGAGGAGGCCGCUGCUCAGUGGAGCGAGGUGGGCGUGGCACUUUCAGCCUCCUGGUGGGCGGAGUCACAGAGGAGGACCUGGGCUGUUACACCUGUCAGGCGACCAGUGAGGCGGGAAGCCGUCAGGUUACCGUGGAGAUCCUUCUGGAAGAAAACUUCGGGAAGCCAUCCAUCCUGCCGUCCUGGAGGAGAUCAGGGUCCCGCUCCUCAGCGAUGGAGAACCGGACCAGCAUCUGGAGCGAGAGUCCACCGAAGUUCAUCUCCAAGCCCAGCAGAGUUCUGGUCAGACUCGGACAGAGUGGGAAGUUCUCCACCAAGGCCACCGGACGGCCGCAGCCGCAGGUCACAUGGUACAAGGGGGAGGCGGAGCUUCAGUCUUCUGGUCGGAUCAGCGUGUUCGAACUUUCUGGUCGUCACUUCCUGGAGAUAAAGGAAGUCCAGGCGGAGGAUGCAGGAAGUUACACGUGUUCAGUCACCAACAGCGCCGGAGCGGCCACCGCCAGCGCAGAGCUUAUAGUUCAGGGUGUUCCUGAAGCCUCGUCCAGCGUUCAUCCGUCUGAGGAGCCAUCAGCCAUUAAACCAGUAGAGGGMAGCAUUUCUCCCAGUCCUGGCAGGUCGACUGGAGACCAGCAACGGGGAGAAACUGCAUCCCGGAGGAGCAAACCCCCUGUAGAGCUCCCUCAUGUGGCUGGAAAGAGUACUGCUGCCGCUCAGGUUCGGUCCAGUCGAGUGGAUCCGGUUCAAUCAAUCAAAGUGGCGCCAUCUCCGUCCAGCUGCAGCAGAGCUUUGAGGAAAUCCACAUCAGGUUCUGGUCUGCGGUUUGARGCGGUUCCUCUGGACCAGGAGGCCACAGAGGGAACCCAGGUCACAUUCACCUGCCAAGUCUCUUCUGUUGCUGACGCCAUGGUAACGUGGCUCAGAGACGGGAACCCAGUGAGGACCGGUCCAGGACUUCAGCAGAGACGGGACGGGACUCGUCUGAUUCUCACCAUGGACAGAGUGACGCAGCUGGACAACGGGACGUUYGGGUGUCGGCUCACCACUCCUGAGGGACUCAGCGUUGCCUCGGCAACAUGGAUGCUGCGCAUCAAUCGUGCGUCCAGGUGUCCGGUGUUCCUUAGUGAGCUGCAGGACUGCAGCGUGUCAGAGGGUSAGUCCUUCAGCCUGCAGGUCUGUGUGGAGGGAAAACCUGAUCCCAACGUCAGCUGGCAGCUCAACGGUCGUCCUCUUCCUCCCAGGACUCGGUCCUCACGUGUUGGGGGCGUGGCCAAGCUGAUGGCCCAGAAUGCAUCACGCCACGAUGGCGGCGUCUACGUGUGUGUGGCGGAGAAUGUCCACGGCCGAGCAGAGACCAGUGCUCGGGUUCAGGUCAAAGGUGAGCCUCCUCCUCUGGUGAUGUGGCUCCAUGACGGGCAGGAGGUCUCGGAGUCGGAGGACUUCCACCUCCUCAGGGAGGAGAACCGCUACACUCUGCUGAUCCAGGAGGUUUUCCCAGAAGACACUGGRGUCUACAGCUGCCGGGCCUGGAACCAGUACGGAGAGGACCGGACCCAGGCCCRGCUCACCGUGGAAGAACCUCAGGACGGCGUCCAGCCCUGGUUCAUCACAAAACCCAAAGCGGUGAGCGCCGUCACUGGUCAACACGUCCUGCUGUCCUGUGCCAUCGCCGGAGACCCGUUCCCCCAGUACACAUGGACCAGAGCGGACCAGAACCGAGCCUUGAGCUCCGGAGGAGACUACGAACUGCUGCAGAAGGAGGACGUCGUCUCGCUGCUCAUCAGACGGGUCAGAAAGCAUCACGCAGGAGACUUCCUGAUCACCCUGAGGAAUAAAGUGGGAGAAUGCAGCGCUGUGGCUCAACUGUCUGUCACUGAAGGAGAACCUGAAGGAGGAGACAGAAGGACCGCAGCAGCCAGAGGAAGACCAGGAGGAGGAGGAGAAGGCAGGAGGGUCAGUCUGCAGAGGCAGGAGGCUGGUGAGGAGGAGGAGAAGAAGAAGGAGGAAGAGGAGGAUCCCCGAGGACUCCUCAAGCGCAGCGUGGAAACGAGGGAACGGCGUGAAGAGGAGCUUCGACAGAGGGAGGCGCAGCAGCUGGACUUUCGCUCGCUGCUGGGACGCCGAGCUUUCCCCCCCGACGGCGACACCGACACCCAGCAGAUGGAUUUUAAGGCCAACCUCCGGGGCGUCAAAGGCAAGGCGGAGGAGAAGRCCAACUCCCCGCAGCAGGUGGACUUCAGGAGCGUCCUGGGGAAGAAGGGCGCCGCCGGCAGCAACGGCAACAAGCCGGCCGAAACGCCUCCGAAGAACGCCGGAGACUUCCGCUCCGUCCUCGCCAACAAGAAGAAGACAACGCCGGCGGCRACCCCCGAGAAGAACGGAGAGAAGGUGAACAACUGCGUGGAUGGAGGGAUUCACGACCAGAAGAACGAAGGAGGAGGAGGUGAAGGUGGAGGAGGAGGGAUGGUGCCGGAGUUCGUGGAGAAGCUGAAGGACGCGACGGUGCUGGAUGGUCAGCGGCUCCGGCUGGAGUGUCGCCUCGCCUCCGCCGCCACUGCUGAUGUCACCGUCACCUGGACGCUGGAUGGAAAAACCGUCAAACCGUCCAAGUUCAUCAUCCUCGCCAACGAAGGCGGCCUCUGCUCUCUGACCAUCGACAAAGCUCUGCCGGAGGACGAAGGCCAGUACAAGUGCAGGGCUGAGAACUCGGCCGGCAGAGCGGAGUGUUCCUGUAUGGUUCUAGUCGACGGUGAAGCCAGAAUAAAGAAGCCAACUCCAAAGACUCCUCCCAAACAAGCUUUGCCUCCUCAGAUCCUGCAGUUCCCAGAAGACAUGAAGAUCCUGGCAGGAGAAAAGGUGGAGAUCCUCUGCAAAUACUCCGGCGCUCCACCCAUCACCUGCACCUGGCUGAAGUUCAGGAAACCGAUCCAGGAGGGAUCCUCGGACGUCUCCAUAGAGAGCACAGACAGCAGCAGUAAGCUGACCAUCAGCAGCGGGCAGCAGGAGCACUGCGGCUGCUACACCGUGGAGCUGAGGAACAGCUACGGCCUCCGACAGGCCGCACUCAACCUCACCAUCGUUGACAAACCCGACCCCCCAGCAAAGGUCCCUGCGACCUCUGACAUCCGGCGCUCCAGCCUGACCCUGUCGUGGUACGGGCCGACCUAUGAUGGCGGCAGCGCCGUGCAGACCUACCACCUGGAGAUCUGGGACUCCGUGGACCAGCAGUGGAAGCAGCUGGUGUCCUGCAACAGCACCUCCUACAACAUCCAGAACCUUCUUCCAGAACGACAGUACAAGUUUCGAAUUCGAGCUCAGAACAUUUACGGCAUCGGAGAGCCGAGCGCCGAGUCUGAAGCCGUAACAAUGGGCCUGGUGGACGACGAUAACCAGGAUGAUGCUGAGGCAGAGGAGGAGGAUGAAGAUUUAGAAAAAGAGCCAGAGUACCGAGAYGUGACCAUCAAAACCGAUGUGAAGGUGAAGGAGUUUUACGACGUGGARGAGCGGCUGGGAACGGGGAAGUUCGGUCAAGUCUUCAAGCUGAUGGAGAAAUCCACCAAGAAGGUUUGGGCUGGGAAGUUUAUCAAGGCGUAUUCRGCCAAAGACAAGGAGAACGUCCGGCAGGAAAUCAGCAUCAUGAACUCCCUGCAUCACCCCAAACUGGUCCAGUGUGUCGACGCCUUCGAGGGAAAGUCCGACAUCGUCAUGGUGCUGGAGAUGAUCUCUGGCGGCGAACUCUUUGAGCGGAUCAUCGAUGAGGACUUUGAGCUGACGGAGAGAGAGGUSAUUAAAUACAUGCUGCAGAUCAUYGACGGCGUCAACUUCAUCCACAAACAGGGGAUCGUCCACCUYGACCUCAAACCRGAGAACAUCAUGUGUGUCAACAAAACCGGCAGCAAGAUCAAACUCAUCGACUUCGGCCUCGCCCGCCGGCUCGCAAACGCUGGAACUCUGAAGGUUUUGUUUGGGACUCCAGAGUUUGUGGCUCCYGAAGUGAUAAAUUAUGAAGCCAUCAGUUACCCGACAGACAUGUGGAGUAUAGGAGUCAUCUGUUACAUCCUGCUGAGCGGUCUCUCUCCCUUCAUGGGCGACAACGACAACGAGACUCUGGCCAAUGUUACCUCGGCAACCUGGGACUUUGAGGACGAGGCCUUCGAUGAAAUCUCUGAAAAUGCCAAAGACUUCAUCACCAACCUGCUGAAAAAAGACAUGAAGGCUCGGCUGUCCUGCCCUCAGUGUUUUGAACACCCCUGGCUGAAACAGGACACCAACACCAUGAAGACCACCAAGCUGUCCAAGGAGAGGAUGAAGAAAUACAUCCUGAGGAGAAAGUGGCAGAAAACGGGUCAUGCUGUUCGAGCGAUUGGCAGACUCUCAUCCAUGGCCAUGAUGGCUGGAGUUAGUGCCAAGAAAGGCUCGCCCACUGAAGAGGAUAAUCAGUUCCUGGAGUGUUUGGAGUACGAACAGAAGACUGAAAGUAAACCCACUUUCACCUCAGUCAUUAAAGACGUGGAGGUGGUGGAAGGCAGYGCCGCUCGCUUCGACUGCAAGAUAGAAGGAUACCCUGACCCUGAGGUGGUUUGGUACAAAGACGACCAGCCAAUCAAAGAGACCCGACAUUUCCAGAUCGACUACGAUGAASAAGGAAACUGCAGUUUGAUCAUUUCAGAGGUUUCAGGUGACGACGAUGCCAAGUACAUGGUGAAGGCCGUCAACAGUCUGGGCGAGGCGACGUGCACAGCAGAUCUGCUGGUGGAGGUGAUGGCUGGAGAGGAUGAGGAGGAGGAAGAGGAGGAAGAAUAACGAUUCCURUUGGAUGUUACGGAGGCCUGCUGCUCCUCAGCCCGUCAGAAAAUUCACCCACAGUAACAGUUGGGGGUUGGAGGCACGGGUGGGCGGAGUUUCUCAUUCCUGAAUCUGAGCAUGUGCAGAGCUGCAGCCGAUUCGCUCUGAUUGGUCGGUUGAUGUGUGACGAUCUUAAAGCACAUCUAGCUCCAGGUGAUGGUAAGGCCCUGAUUACAACAGGAAGUAGAGCGUAAAAAACUGAAACAUGCUAACUUUUUUUCCCAUAUUUAAACCAAAAUGUCUUUUUCACAAAACAAUCUCCUAUAUUUUGCUUUAACACUCUGUUUUUUAGGGUGUUUUCACACGAUAGGUAGACUCAGUUCAAUUUGGAACCAAAAUUGCAACAUUUGUUUCAUUCUCAGGCGGUGCGGAUCACUGUGUCAAACAAACUGAAAUAAUUUAAAAAGCUGUUCCCCUCCUAGCCUGUGGGGGUGCUGCAACAAUAACUACUGAAGGGAAUGGCACAAAAACCUCUGAAGAAGACGGGAGUGCAACUUCCUUCUUCAGAAAAUGUAAACAAAUGAAGCAGCAUCACAUUUUAGCAGUUGUAGGAUUUCUCUUCAGUCUUCAACAAAAAAACUACGAGCCAUUUCUCCCAGUAGCAGUAAACUCUUGCCCUUGUUUUGGUUGUAUUUACCCAGAAUUCCCCGCGUCUGCUUCCUGCUUUUUUUAAACUGUCUCCAGUAAGUUUGGCCUUUACAUAUACAUUCAAACCGCACCAGAGUUCACUUCAACCAAACCGAGACCGAGGUUUGUAGACKGACCAGCAUUCGCUUUUUAGUUUGAUUCACAUUCACAUCUCCCCAAACGAACCAGACUUUCCAGACAAAUGAGCUAGAGUUUGAUUGAAGUGGACUAAACAGGGUUGGUGUGAAUGCACCAAACGGUUCAUCCCUGCAGCUUCCUGUGUUAGACUCCGCCCACCUGAUKCCCCAUCUCAUCUGAGGUCACAUGGGUUGAACUGUCUUCCUGUGAACAGCAGCUCCUCCAAAAUAACCACACAGACACUUCCUGUCGUUUCACAUGAAGAUCAACCAUAAAAAGUUCCUCAUUUUACAAGAUUCACAUUUUAAAAGCAUCAAAUAUCUUUCUCACAUGGACUCUGGAGGUUCCUCCAACAGGCUCCUUCCUGCCUCAGGAGUUUGCUUUCAUACGAUUGGUCCGUUUAUGGAAGAUGUGAUGUCACUGAACUUUAACCUGUACAUGUUUAAUUCAUAAUGCCUCACUUUGUCCCUGUUUGAUUUGAAAACAACGUUCCGAAGCAUGAGGAAAAGCAUGUUUGCCAACACUUUAAGUUUAACCUUUUUGUCUGAUCCAAGUGCAGAAGGGGACUGAGUGAAGAUGGCCGCCCCGCCGUCUUUCAAUUAAACAUAAUUGGUGWCGAACGUUUAGUAUCUUUAAAAUGACAGCAGMACAAAUGAAGAGCAUUUGACACCACUUUUGUUUUAUUUGAAGAAGGUGUGGAGGCCAUCUUUACUGAGGUCAGGAGAACUUCACCAUGUCUGUGCCUUAAAGCUGCGCUGAGCCCAGUCUGAACUCGAGGUUCUGCAGUCAUCACAUUUGUUCUUUGUCUUCUGCAACUGAGCUGCUCCUGUUGAUAUCCGACAAUCCAGCUUCGCUCUUUAUCUUCACUUCGUGUUUCAGCUGCAGGUUUACGAAGCUUCAGUCACGUUUGGCCUCCUGCUGUGAGCCUUAAAGCGUCACCCUGAGUCACACUCAGAGUUUCUCCGUCACGCUGUAGGACGAUUUUCUUCCCCUGUGGCCUUAAAAGCUGUUCAUGAAUCAGGAAAAGUGUCACGUAGGAGCYGAUUAAAUGUUUUAUUGGAUUGCUGUGAAGUCUCUGUGUGGCGGCAGAAACUCUGGGUGAAAGUCACAUUCCAGCUGUUUGUGUUUGAACCUUUACAUGAAAUCUGAUUCCUCUUAAAAAUCAGACACCAAAGAUGUUUUUGUUUUUUCUGCUAACUCACAGGCGUGUUUGUGUGCGUGUGUAUGCGUGUGUGAGUGUUUCCUCUGCAGUUUUCAUCCGGUUUGUGUGUUUGGAGUCUGUUUUUUGUUAUUUAAUGCACAGAUUUUUAAUUAUAUGAUAAUUCUUCCAGAAGGUGUUGCAGCACUUCAUUUCCCUGCCUAUUAAAGCAGAGGUGGACUCACUCUUUGUUUUGUUUUUGUAUUAGAUGUAUGUAGAUUUAAUUACUUUAAUUUUUAUAAGAAAUAUACCAGUUUGAUGAACUGUAUGAGAACACUACGACUGUAGUUACUCACAGAAAAYAAAUAAAUUUUUAUCACU